AUGUUGAUAACCGAUCAAGACCCAGCUCUGAAGAUUGCGGUAGAAAAUGUUAUGCCCAACACACGACACAGAUUCUGCAUGUGGCAUAUAAUGAUGAAGUUAGCUCAAAAGCUGCCAAUAUCAUUGCGGGAGAAUGUUGAAUUGACUAGCAUGAUUCACGAGGUGGUGUGGUCAGAUUUUGAUGAGCCAGACGAUUUUGAGAAAAAGUGGACUCAAGUGUUAGAUGAGUAUGAUUUGCAAGAUCACACAUGGUUUGCAGAUAUGUUUUCGAAGCGUUCAUAUUGGAUACCUGCGUACUUUCGCGAACUAAGCAUGAGUGGUUUGUUUAGAACCACAUCAUUGUCGGAAAGUGAGAAUAGUUUUUUUCGCAAGUACUUAAAUCGUACUUCGAACCUGGCAGCGUUCUACAUCCACUUUGAAAGUGCAAUGGACACCCAACGACAAACUUACAAACAACUGUGUAUGGUUGAUCAAACAACGGCGCCGCAGCUGCAGACGGACAUUCCAUUGGAACAGCACGCUGCAAUUAUCUACACUAGGAAAAAAUUUCUAGAAGUUCAGAUUGAGAUUGUGGAGGCUGUUAACCGUUGCUGCAUAAAGACUAUGGACAUUGAUGAAGAACAACAUAGGUACGCUAUAGAUGAUAGAUCUAAUGGUGUAUUUAAUGUUGUUCUUACUAUAUCUGAAGACACCAUUACAUGUUCGUGUAAGCAUUUUGUCAAGUCAGGGCUUCCCUGCAGGCACAUGUUCUCUGUAAUGCGUAACAUUGGCCUGAAAGAAAUCCCAUCCAAGUACAUUGUCCAUAGAUGGCUUAAGGUUGCUAGCUCAGCCAUUCUAUCUUGUUUCAACACUAAAUCACCCCAUAAAUCAUUGAUGGCUGAGGCAUUCCGUUGUGGUGGUAUUGCUGAAGGGGAUGAGGCUUUAACUGAUUCACUAUUGGAACACUUGAGACUUUGGGCAGACACCCAUUCAAAGGAUGUACCAGAGCCAUCGUCUGCAGCGGGGAAGGAAAAAAUGUUUGAGAUGUUUUACGGGUCCAAGCCCCCAAGUUUAGUUACUAUUCACCCACCUGACGCUGUCAAAACGAAGGGCAGCGGUAAGAGGCUCAAGUCAAGAUUUGAGAUAGAGACCGAGAAAGCGAAGAAACCUAGGAGAAGGUGCAAGAAAUGUGGUCGCCUUGUUCGACAUGAUUCGCGUAAUUGUGGCAAGGUUGUUGAGGAAGAUAGCGAAAAUGAGUGA